AUGUCAGCUUCAACUAUUCAAGACUGUUGGCAUAGAGAGACCCAACUCUACGUACGGCUGGACAGAGGAGAUGGCCAUCCACAAGUGAAGGACAUCGUAUCAGAGACCAGACGAGGCUGUCGACAUGUCGCUAUCGAAUAUCCUGCAAAGAAACUGGUGUCCAACAUAUCUAAAUGUCUGUCUCACUAUGUUUAUACACAGCCAUGCGCAGAGCCGGCAGCAUCAAAGAGACACCAAGAGAUGUCAAGAUGGCAUCAAGACGGCAUCAAAGGAGAGGCCAGCUCCAUCAAACGACCUGAAGAAAUAGAUAUGGUAUCUUAG